UGUAAGCUCUUUGAAGGUCUUGCCUCAGAAAGAGCUCAGUGAACUGGGUGAAACUUCCUUCCUCCUCUUACAGAUGGGUGAAGCUGAGUCAGCUUUGCUGAGGUUUGAACUGUGAUCCUGCACAUUUUAAGCUUCAAAGCUUGCACUAGAAACUUUUUAGGAUAAUUCUUUGUAGUAUCUCCUUUUCAAAACUAAUUUGUUUAACUAGGGAAACUGCUCCUUUAACAGCCAUCUCACCUUGAAAACACACCACAGAACGAAUAGGAUUGCUGAACUCUCACUAAAUGGGCAUUGCUCUUACUUACAUGGCAACUCAGCAUGUCCUGUGUACUGUCUGGUCUCAAAAAAACCCAGCCCUGGAACUGUUAACUGAUUCCCUUCAAUGAGGCAGUGAGACAUGAAGCUUUUUUGUUUACUGAGCACUGAGUGGGAUCAGUGUGGAAAGGGCUGCAUGGAAAAUUUACACUCUGAGAUGGCGGAUGGAAUUCCCAAAGGUUGCCCUCUGUUCCUGUAUGUUGAUGGGGAGGAGAGCCAUAUAAUUGCUUUUUCCUACACUAUCCUGUAGGAAUGCAAGCAAGAGGUAAGUGCAGAAGAAUGAAAUCUCCCUGUUGUUCCUUGUUGCCUUUAAACACCAUUCAGUUGCACAGAAAUUUUCACUGGAAGUUGUUAGUGCUCCCAUUAUGGUUUCUUUUUUUAGGGAAGUUUUGAACAUAACAGAAAGAUGAGGUGGAAUAGAUGGAAAGAGUGUCUCUCCACGUUACUCGUCUGACCUUCCCAAGCGCCUUAUGUCAUGGUAAUGAUCCCUUCAGCUACGAGUUGGACUCUGCUCUCUGGGGAGCCACCAGAGCUAUCAGAAGAACUUGCUGCCCGGCCACGAGUUGCUCCUUUGGUCCUGGUGAGACCUAAUCUUGGGAGGCUAGAACUUCUGUGCAGAGCAGCUGGAAUUAGUUAAAAGCUGGAACCACUGCUGAUUCGGUUGCAUCCUUCAACAUGACCAAUCCUCAGCCUACAAUAGAAGGUGGUGUUUCAGAAGUUGAGAUAAUUUCACAGCAAGUAGAAGAAGAGACCAAAAGCAUUGCUCCUGUACCGCUUGUUAAUUUUGCUUAUCGAGAUCUACCUUUAGCUACACUUGAUGUGUCUGUGGCUGGAUCCCAGCUUUUGUCGAAUUUGGAUGAGGAGUACCAAAGGGAAGGAUCUAACUGGCUAAAACCAUGCUGUGGGAGACGAGCAGCUGUGUGGCAGGUAUUUUUGCUCAGUGCAAGUCUCAACAGUUUCCUGGUAGCCUGUGUAGUAUUGGUGGUGAUUCUUCUGACUCUGGAACUCCUAAUAGAUAUAAAGCUUCUCCAGUUUUCAAGUGCUUCACAGUUUGCAGGAGUAAUUCACUGGAUCAGCCUAGUCAUCCUGUCUGUUUUCUUUUCAGAGACUAUUUUGAGGAUUGUGGUCCUGGGCAUAUGGGAUUACAUUGAAAACAAAAUAGAGGUGUUUGAUGGUGCUGUCAUAAUCUUGUCCUUGGCGCCAAUGGUGGCCUCAACAGUGGCUAAUGGCCCCAGCAGCCCAUGGGAUGCUAUCAGCCUUAUUAUCACACUGCGAAUAUGGAGAGUGAAGAGGAUCAUCGAUGCCUAUGUCCUUCCAAUGAAAGUGGAGAUGGAGAUGAUGAUUCAGCAAUAUGAGAAGGCAAAGGUUAUUCAAGAUGAGCAUCUGGAAAGACUAACCCAGAUCUGCCAGGAACAAGGGUUUGAAAUCAGGCAGCUGAGGGCCCACCUUGCUCAGCAGGAUUUGGACCUGGCUGCAGAGAGAGAGGCUGCACUGCAGGUCCCACAUGUGCUGAACAAGCAGAGCAGCAACAGGUACAAGGUGGUGGCAGCUGAGGAUUCGGAUGAUGAGACCACCGAGAACAUCACUGAGUUACGACCUCCACAAGAGGAUGACAUGAAUAAUUACAUCAGCCGAUAUUACAAUGAGCCCAGCAGUGACACGGGUGUUCCCGAGGCCACUGUCUGCAAGGUCACAGCCGCCACUGUUGACAUCCACCGCUCCAACAUCUCUUCUGACCUCCUGGGGGUGGAGCUCCCCCCGCAGCAGGACAGCACAGGCCAGGACACCUCAGGCAGUGCCUCCCUCUCCACCCUCAGCUCUGGUGCCCAGGCCUGCAGCUGGACACUGGCCUCCUCCCCGGACUGCAGCUCCACCUGCCAGGACACUGUGGAGCCUGGCCCCAGCCCCCAGCCCCACCUGCCUGCCCAGCAGCAGGUGGCCCAGGCUGUGGUGCAGGAGCUGCUGUCAUCCAUGUCAAAAGAGACAUACCUGGCACAGCAGGGCCCAGAGCCUGCCAGCCUCAAGCUGCCCAUGCCAGCUGCAGGAGCCAGCCCUGACCUGCACCACCAGCUCAGCAUCUACAAUGGCAGCAAGCAGGAUGGCCUGGACCUCAAGCCACUCAGUGACUGCCCCCAGGGUGCUCCCGUGAUUGAGCAGUAUGGGGUGCUGGGGCCCCUGGAGCCACGCCUUGGCAGGGCAACCAAGCCAUAGGGACAGCCUGCGGGGAGGGGGAGCAGGUGGGACACGCCCUGUGCCAGGCCCCAAGGCAAGGUGGCCGUGUUGGACAGAACCCAUGGGUAGCUCCUGCCAUGGCCACCAGCCUGGGACCCAGCCUGCUUCGCCUCUGCCCACGCUGCACAACCUACCUGCCCAGCCUCUGGGCCAGCCGGGACCUACCAUGUCCUCUGGAGCACAAUGGACCUUCCAGCAGCCUCAGGCCAAUGGGCCCUACAGUGCCUCUGGGGACAGACUAUGGACCUGGUCCUGCCAUCAGCCUAGAACCAGAGCGAUGGUGCCCAGGGGCACAUCAGAGCUGCUGGACAGCUUGGGCACAGCUGGGAGGGCUCUGAGAAUGGGAAUAAAUGCUGACAAACAUA